CACCGUUCUGCUACUCCUGCCGGGGAUUUCACCGAAUGUGUGGAGCUUCUUCUUGACGUCAUUUCCGUUUCAAUGGCUCGUAGGAAAUAUCCAGAUGAUGUUUUGGACUGCAGUCUUCACGAUUGGUGUUGUUUUUGGAGAUGCUGUCAUGCAGUACAAGAAGUGCAGAGGUUUACUGCCAAAGGAGAUUACGAACGCGCAGCAGGAGGUGAUUAUGUCGACAAGGGCCGAAAUGUUCCGGGCUCAGAGGAAUCUCUACAUAUCCGGUUUCGUUCUUCUGUUGGCUUUCGUGAACAAACGUCUGGUGGUUCUUUUGAUAAACAAGGCCCAUAUGACACAACACGAGGACAGAUAUCAUCACAGAUAUCUAAACUGAGGAGGGCACCUGGUUGCUGUAAAGACGGGAGGCCAUGCAUGAAUGUGUUGGUUUUUUAUACCCCCAAUCUUAAAGGGGAGAGGAAUAUAGUUAUACCAUAUAUGGGAAGUCUGCCCAUCCUCCCAAGGACAUAUUUUCUCUUGAAGUUGGUGCGACCUAUAACUUGAAAACUACUGCAGGGAUUCUUUUCAAAUUUAGGGAACAGUUUCCAUGCCAACAGAAGAGGUGCAGUGCAAAGAUUAAUUUUGAUAUGAGUAUUUUCAGAAAGAUAUGAUAUUGUUCAUGUAGUGAACUUAGAAUUUGUCUAUUCCAACAUAUGUGCGACCAAUAACUUUAAAACUACUGCAUGGAUUCUUUUCCAAUUAGGGGUACAGUUUCUAUACCAAUAGGAGAGGUGCAGUGCGAAGUUUAUUUUCAAUUUUUGGAUUUUCUGAAAAAAAUACAACUUUUUUAUUUACUUAGGAGUUUUGUACUAAAACAUUUGUGCGACCUACAACUUGAAAACUACUGCAUUGAUUCUUUUCAAAUUGGGGGUACAGUUUCUAUACCAA